AUGGGUUACCUGAAGCCUCUUAUGCUUCUUCUGUGUAUUGCUGUUGUAUUUCUGCUGGAACCAAAAACAUUUUACAUGGAAAAAUAUCUGGAAAGGAUGAAUAUUAAAGCCACCAUGCUACAAAGUCCUUACCCCAUUGAAGUGAAUGUGUCUCUUGAAAAAAGAAUUACUGAAAAUGCAUUAUUACCACUUGGUGGUCACAGCAAGCCGGAGAACUGUACAGCUCUUCAGAAGAUUGCUAUAGUGAUUCCUUUUCGAAAUAGAGAACCACAUCUUCAUAUCUGGCUGUACAACAUGCAUCCUUUCCUACAAAAACAGCAAGCAGACUAUGCCAUUUAUGUGGUGGAACAGCAUGGCGAAUCAAAAUUCAACAGAGCCAAAUUGAUGAAUGUUGGCUAUUCAGAAGCCAUACAAGAAUAUGAUUAUAACUGCUUCAUCUUCAGCGAUGUUGAUAUUCCAAUGGAUCAGAGGAAUCUCUACAGGUGCUCUGAAAACCCCAAACAUAUGGCACAUGCUUUGGACAAGUUUAAAUUCAGGGACAGCGCAGAAUUCUUAAUAGUUAUUUGCAGUCAAAGACAUUUCUGCUUAGAAGACGAUGAACUGUAUCAAAGGGUGAUUGCUGCUAAUAUGACAAUAGAACGUCCCCAUCCAAAAAUUUCAAGAUCAAAAGCGAUACUUCAUAAAAGAGAUGCAGGCAAUGAACAAAACAAAAAAAGUAUACCUCUGAUAAAGAAAGCUGGAACGCGAAUGCACAUAGACGGACUGAGUACACUGAACUACACAAUCAUCGGUAUCACAAAGCAUAGGCUGUAUACUAAAGUGAUGGUUGACAUUGGCCAGCCAGAGAAAUCCUUUGACUUCUGGACAUGA